GUCAACUAUCAUUGUGUUCAGAAAUUGAAAACCGUCUGUGAAAACAAUGCAAUUUUCUAUAUUUAUCUAUUAAAUACAAUGGGCUUUCUGACUAUUUUGAAGAAACUACGGCAAAAGGAAAAAGAAAUGCGUAUACUUAUGUUAGGGCUUGAUAAUGCAGGUAAAACGACGAUUCUCAAACGUUUUAAUGGGGAACCCAUAGACACCAUCUCCCCAACUUUAGGUUUUAACAUAAAAACGCUUGAACAUCGUGGGUACAAGCUUAAUAUAUGGGAUGUGGGGGGACAGAAAUCACUGAGAUCGUACUGGAAGAACUACUUCGAGAGCACGGACGGGGUGGUGUGGGUGGUGGACAGCGCGGACGCGCGGCGCCUGGCGGACUGCGCGCGCGAACUGCACGCCCUGCUGCGCGAGGAGCGGCUGGCGGGCGCCACGCUGCUGCUGCUGGCCAACAAGUGCGACCUGCCCGGCGCAUGCGCGCUGCCGCAGAUCCGAGAGGUUUUAGAUCUGGACAACAUCAAAACGCAUCACUGGCGUAUAAUGCAGUGCUCAGCGGUGACCGGGGAGAAUCUUCUAGAAGGCAUAAACUGGAUGCUCGACGACAUCGCCAACAGGAUAUUUACGCUAGACUAAACUGUACUUAAUUAAGUAUUUUCUAUCCUCUUUUACGGACUACACUGAUAACGUUCCAUACAUUACUUUAAAGCAUUUGUAGCAUCUUAAUUUUAGCCAUAACUAUAAUUUCACUAAUUUCAUAAUAUAA